GGUGACGUAAGUACAUUAGGCACCGGACAGAUACACAUACAAGGGUCCGAGUCAGGGUCCGCAUCGCGGGGAGUCCGUGGUGAUAGAGACCAUGCAUUACGGUGAGCUAGGGAGACAGUCAGGGUAUGGUCCUUCGCCGGCUUGAGUCUACGGUAUGCUUAGCGUUGCCAGACAAAUCAGUGAUGGACUGUGCGUUGCGGCGAAUGUGAGAUCGAUCGUGGACAAUAGCGAGUGUAAGGAGGGCGAGUGGAGGACGAGCAACGAGGGGCAUGCACAGUGCACGGAUGGUAGGCAUUGGUAGCAGGAAUAGCAAGUGAAACAGACAACGUGAGGAUAGUCGUGCUUUUGUACAACAUCGUCCGAUAGGGAAGGGGAGGAAUAAAGGGUACGGAAAACCGGCUCGCCCGACAACAAGCUCGUAGUCGUGCCACAAUCCGGACCGAAACUUGAAGGCAGCCACUGACCGCGCUGCCCAACGCGGGUGACUUGGAUAUGCGACGCUCAUGUUUUGAAGGCCCCCGCUACCUUCAGCUUUCUCAGCUUCGGGAUAGCGUCGUCGAUAUCUAUGGGCAUCCAAACCUCGCCCUCCUCCCUGAGCACCAGCUCCAUGAUCUCCAGUCGCUUGGUUGGAUGCCGAUCCUGGAGCCAUGUCACGCUGUGCGUGUCCAUCGACCGCUUCCCACCACCGGACCCCUCCGAACCAAGCGUGGAGGGUGUAUCGGGGCGCGAUUGUACUCUUGGGCGAAGCAUCCCGUCGUCCAAGGAGAGGGAACCUUGUUGACCAUGGCCGACUAUCGUCUCGUCGUCGUUGAGAUCCUCCCAUUGCUCUGAGGCGGAGGACAGCGUCCGUCGGCCGAAAAGGCGUGCGCCUGACCUGAUGCGUCUCAGUGUGAACAGUCCGCCCUUACCGUCGGACUUCUGAGAAGACGUGGAUGCCGUUAGAGAGGGAACGGGAGAAGAUGUGCGAGGCAGUGUGACUGGCGAUGGACUGCGCGCUAUGUGACGAGGCCCCUCCGGGCUCUCAGCUGUGGAGGAGUGGACAAGAGAAGACGCAGACAUAUUCCGCUGCCGAGGUGGUUGCUCGAAGAAAAAUUGCUGAGGUGGUAGGGGGGAUGCAGGAGUUACGGAUAUGUAGGGGCUCAUAAUGCGGCUACCGAUGGGAGGGACCAGGCCCGGGGGCAAGGGGGACGUAUGGGAACGCAAGGGAAUCGUCAAAGGAGAGACCUUAGGCCUCGCCUCCGGAGUGGGAAAUGCCUCUACCGCCCUCGAGGAGCCAAUCGAAUCCGAAGACGCUGACCUGAGGACGGACGUUGCGGAACUACGCGAUGAGAAAGGCCCCGGCGAGAAGCUGGAUACGCUGUCGGUGUCGCGGUCAUAGCUGCUUGAUGGUGAAGGACGCGACGACGUGCUGAGUGCAGAUAGAGGGCUGUGGCGUGAUAAGGAUUCUGUCUCAUCGUCUUCGACAGCUAUGGCAUUCCUGGGAAGCGGGGGCAGCGGGCGCUUCAGACGAACUGCGAGCGAUUGUGUUCCGGCGGUGGGGAACGCAGGCGGCGGCUGCAGGUUGAUCGAGGGGCUGCUCGAGUUCUGCUGCGAGAAUACAACUGGAGAGAUGGGUGGCAGGUCCUGAAUGUUGGUAGGGCUAGGAGGGGUCGAGGCAGAUCGGGGGGGCAUGGGCGGAACGUACGAGAGUCGCGAGCGCUCGUACAUUUCGUUCUUCUUGAACACUAUGGGACUAAGCGGCAUGUCCUCCUCGCUUUCUUCCGGAGAAAGGGGAGAAGAGACGGGUGUGAGUCCUUCAUAGCCGUAUAGAUGGGCAUCGCGAUGGCGCGGGGUCGUUUCAGUCCGAAAUACCGAAGAGACGCCGAUGUGGUGAUCGAGUCCAAGGCUCGUAGACGAAGACGGUGACCUGACUUCAGCAAGCGUACGAGGAGUCAGCACAGGUUCGUUGGCCGAGAAUAACAGGACGAAGCACAACGUAGAGUGAGAGCCCGCGUUCAGUUGGCAACGGCCUCGCGACAGCCUCCUUCUCUUGUCUCCUGCGUAUCCGGAAGGAGCAACGCCGUAGCCAUCACGAGGCACGAUUGUUGCCAGAAAGAGAGAUGGUAUUCGGAGCCCCUGAACCAACCGAGUAUGAUGGGCGUUCAAAGAACGGACUUGUAAAUUCGAUUGGCCUGACAGUUUGAUCACAGUCGAGUGUAGAUUUUAGGGCGGUCGGACGAGUCAGAGCGGGUGAACUUGGCCAACGCUGCAGGGGAACACUGGCGCACUUCGAGCUCGUCGUGUUGCUACCGCCGCCCGACGGUGAUGGAGGUAGGUCCGCCUGGGUCCGCCCAGAGCGUGACCGAUACCGGAGGUCGUGACGCGGUACUGUGACAUUGCUGUGACGCGCUGGGCUCUUUGCAACGCCAUGGAAGGCGUCCUCUGCCCGUCCACGACAACGACAGUAGUCCUCCCCUCCUUCAUCCGUUCGCUCAUUUCUUGCACACACCGACUGGCUCGCAAUGGCUCAGAACCAGCAGACACCCUCUCCGAGCAAUUCAGGGCAGCAGCAAAACUCCCCAAGCCCAUCGUCGAGCAGCGGCAUUCCUGUGUCUGCUCCCGCCGGUGGCCUCACGAUUACAAAACCACCUCAGACGGCCACCUCCUUCUUCAAGAUCGCUCCCUCUAACACCGUGACCUUCGCAUGGAACUUCACCGACGUCCUCUCAACACCCACUCACCUCACCGUCUCUGCCAUCGGCGAUAACGGCAAUACCUACCCCGUCGGGCCUACCGACGGCGUCAUUCCCGGGACGGCGACGGAGGUGACAUGGGACCUGUGGUCAUACCAGCAAGCACAUUCGAAUCUGCCUCUCGCGCCGGGCUCGUACGUGCUGCACAUCUGGGAUGAUCGGGGGCCGGGAGCGGCGAGGGAGCCGGGGUUGUUGCAGGAGAACUCUGCGCUUAAGUUUGCGCUCUACACCCCACAACCAUACACCCCUUUGGAGAGCUGGGUAUGUGCGACCUGUAGCGGUGCAUGGUCCGAGUACACCACACAUCCUGCGUUUGUCAGCCUGAUGGUGACCGUAGUCGUGAUGUUCCUCUCAGGCUAUUCGCUCAUCAGGCAAGCCCUACACUAGAGAGGUCGCAGCCUCCGUCGCCCCUCUACCCUGGGAUGGUGGGUUGGGCUCGGACGGCGUAGGCGAGGUGUGGGGACGGUUGCAGUGCCGCUUUCUCACGGAUGAUAUUCAUGGACUACUCCGGACACGACAUGACGCUACGUCUUACAGUUUGGUCGCAUCGCAUAUGUUUUGUUGUCUUCGGUUGACGUUCGUUGCAUGGACUUACUAGCCACUUAUCAGUACCCUUAAUGUGUCUCCGUCACUACAGACUCGCUGACAUGCUAUCGUCGCGCUUGGAACCAUGUGUGCCACAAUGGUCGGGUCAGUAAGCCUGGCGAGUUCCGCUAAAGCCGAACGGCGUAGUGCACGGCAGCCCGUCGCAAUGCGUAGUCCAUUGGACGACAAUAGCGUUCCCUUGAUGAGUGGCAGAAACGCGACAACUCAUCGCAUGAACCGGAGCCAUAAGUCUUCCGCAUCGGAGUCCAUCAUGACAUUCCCUUGAGAUUGCAGUGCAAAGAUCUCGCAUUAGAGAAGGCUAUCAUCGUAGCAGGAGCUUUGCAACACCCUGCGCGCGCGGAGCGCGGGAGGUUGUUAUUCCCCAUAAGUCGAUACUCUCCAGUUGCCCCUCCGAAGGCCCAGGUCCUCACAUGCAGCGUGAAUCCCGCAGGCGGAUCACGCCCGGUGGCGAAGGGAGACCACAAAUAAUCAAAUCGGACCUUGGCAGUGUGCUUUGUCCCUGUCGCCGACAGUGCGUUAGUGCGUGGAGGGGAAGAUGCUUUGGACGAGAGGUGAAACGCCUUCUUGCUAGUUUUG